AUGCGUGCCUCUCUCUUCCUCGUCGCCUUCUCGGCUCUCGCCGUCGCUCAGUCCUCUACCGAGGCUGUGCCCACCGGCACUACCUCUGAGGUCCAGGCUUCUGGUGCUUCUACUGACGGCGCUACUGCUUCUGCUACUGCCACCGGUACGGCCACCGGUGCUGUCUCGGGUACUGCCACUGCCUCGGGUACUGCCACCGAUACUGCUGUCUCGACCGGUGCCGACGACGCUACCACCGCUGUCAGUGGCACUUCUGGUGCUACCGGUGCCACCUCCUCGCCCGUCAUCCCCACCGGUACCACUGCUGCCUCCAGCGGCGCUCACGGAUCCAGCUCGGCCGGUUCCACUCUCACCAAGUCCAGCAGCGCCGUGAAGAGCCACACCACCAACUCGACCGAGACUUCUACCAAGACCAAGUCCGGCCACAAGUCGUCCUCCACCAGCGACUCGUCCAGCGAAUCCGCCUCCGCCUCUGGCUCCGCCACCGGAUCCAGCACCUCCUCCGGCAACGCCGGUGUGCCCAUGGCCACCGCCGGCCCCAUGGGUCUCCUGGCCGGUGCUGCCAUCGCUGUUUUCCUGUAA